GUUUAACUCUAAAAGAGAAGUAAAGGGAGGAUUAUCAUCUGUCCUUUUGAUUGACUAAUUCAAUCUAAGGAAGCAAAGAGAGGAAAAGGCCUUCUACAAUUCUUAAGUCAGAGGAAGUGGGCCCCUCUCUGUUAGUAUCUUUUUGUUUUUGAGCGCGCCCAAAAGUCAAGUCUUAACCACUUUCGUCUUAUAAAAAUUCUGGUUAAAAGCCAGCCUUUAGAAAGAUUAGAUAUUUUUCUUUUUCUUUCUCAAGACAACAUUUGAUUUGAUUAACCGGCAAAACAACGCAACGCGUGUUUUAAUGUUAAAAAGAAAAUUUGGUCAGCGGAGAGAAGAAGGUUCCUUCGUCUCCUUAUGUAUCUUUUUAUUUUUUCAGACAAUCCUAAAAUCCAUUCCCUUUUCCUCUCCCCCUUUGAUUGCGUCUGUUCUUUUCUGCAGGGAAGCAUAAAGACAUGGAUUCUUCUUAUCCUCUCUCUCCUAUUUCCCUCCUCCAUCGGAUCAAAGAUUCCUUCCAUUUCGCCAUUUCCGCCCUCCUCGCUAACCUCUUCUCCGCACUCUUCACCUUCUUCUUCGCUUUAGUGGGGACUUUGCUAGGAGCGUUGACAGGGGCUUUGAUCGGCCAAGAAACAGAGAGCGGUUUCAUAAGAGGAGCCGCCGUUGGUGCUAUUUCCGGUGCUGUCUUCUCCAUCGAAGUUUUUGAAUCUUCCCUCCUCCUCUGGCAAUCCGAUGAGUCUGGAAUUGGAUGCCUUCUCUACUUGAUUGAUGUCAUUGCUAGCCUUUUGAGCGGGAGGCUUGUUCGUGAGCGUAUUGGUCCUGCAAUGUUAAGCGCCGUCCAGAGUCAGAUGGGGGCUGUGGAGUCACAGUUCCAAGAUCAUACAGACAUCUUCGACACUGCCAUCGCAAAGGGUCUCUCAGGGGAUUCUCUGGACAGGAUCCCGAAGGUCCGAAUCUCCGACACCUCUGGGGAGAUGGUCUCUUGCUCUGUCUGCCUUCAGGACUUUCAGGUGGGAGAGACAGUUAGAAGUUUACCGCAUUGCCAUCAUAUGUUCCACCUACCGUGCAUCGAUAAGUGGCUUCACAGGCAUGCUUCUUGUCCCUUGUGCAGAAGACAUCUUUGAAUUUAACACCUCUCUCUCUUUAUUCUCAACUUUUUGUAAAUGAGGUAUAUAGGCCCACACACACACACACAAACUAUACUAGUGUUCCUUUAUUAUUUAGGUUACAGGUUUUCAUGCGUCAAUCAUAUUGUCUCACUUGAC